AUGAAGAGGAGUAUAAAUAGACCCAAUUCUGCAACUCAGAGCAGCCACACGGCAAAAACUAUUAGCGGGAAAAGUCUCUGCAUCCUGAAUGAACAAAGAGAAAACAUGAAUAUCACUCUGGUCCUACUAUUCAUGGCCCCCCUUGCUCUUUCAGCAGACAAGGAUUAUUUCUCCGUUGAUUCUGCUGGAUCUCCUGAGACCAAAUCCAGAUUUGCCAUGUUGGAUGAUGUACGAAUCUUGGCCAACGGACUCCUGCAGCUCGGGCACGGCCUGAAAGACUUUGUCCACAAGACCAAGGGGCAGAUGAAUGACAUCCUUCAAAAACUUAACAUUUUUGAUAGGUCCUUUUACGAGCUCUCCGUGCAAACCAGCGAAAUCAAGGAAGAAGAAGAACAGCUCAGGCAAACCACAGCCAGACUGCAGAUCAACAAUGACGAGAUAAAGAAUCUCUCACAGCAGAUGAAUCUGAAGAUCGAAGACCUCAUUCAAAACAAAAUCCAGCUGCAAGAGAAAGUGUGGGGACUGGAGGACAAAGUCACCAAACUGGCCAUCAUCCAGCCUUUGAUGCAAGAGACAAAAGAGAUUUCUUCACUCAAAGCUUUUGUGGAGCAGCAGGAUAAUGACAUCAAGCAGCUUCUCAAAAUCGUGGAGGACCAGCACGUGCAGCUUGACAGGCAGCGCAACCAAAUCAUGGAGCUGGAGGACAAGCUAAAUCACAUAGAGCUCCAGGAACUCAUAGAGAACUCCUUCACGGAGGAGCAACCAGAACCAGAGACUAUCCCCUUUCCUGUGCUCAAAGCCACAGCUGGAAGAUACAGAUCUGAUGGUGCUGCUCCUGACUGCACUGCUCUCUAUCACAGUGGUGAGCGGUUCAGUGGUGUUUACACCAUUAAGCCCAACGGCUCAGAAGCCUUUGAUGUCUACUGUGAAAUGAAAUUUGGCACCUCCUGGACUGUAAUCCAGAAGAGAGUGGAUGGAUCACUGGAUUUCAACCAAACCUGGGAUGCCUACACAAAGGGUUUUGGUGACCUCAAUGAGGAAUUCUGGCUGGGCCUGAACAAGACCUAUUCCAUCACUAAACAAGGGGAUUACAUCCUACGGAUUGAGCUGCAGGACUGGAAAGGAAACAAACGUCACAUCGAGUACUUGUUCAGCUUGGGAGGCCCCGACACCAACUACACCCUCCAGCUUUCCCGGAUCUCUGGGAGCAUUCCCAACGCCCUCCCAGAGGAGACAGAGCUGCAGUUCUCGACUGCAGACCACGAUGUGGACACAAAACAUGACUCCAACUGCCCACAAAACUUCCUAGGAGGCUGGUGGCACAGUGAGUGUGAGGAAACCAACCUGAACGGGAAAUACGUCACACCAAGGUCCAGGGCAAGACUAGACAGAAGAAAAGGCCUGUACUGGAAGCCUAAGAAAGGAAGAUACUACUUUCUCAAGUCAACUAAAAUAAUGAUACACCCAACGGAUUUAAAAAGCUUUGACUGAGGGCUCGACCUGAUGCAUUUUAAUUCAGAACAUACUCACUGAACGUUACCACAUCAAAGGACUCCAUGCUUUGUUUACUAACAGAUGCCUGUCUCAAUCCAUACCCUGUAUGGAGUCUUCUCCAAUACAUAAACCUGAGGCAUCUGAGAUGGUCUUACAAUACACCUGGUGAGUAUUUUUAUUCCCUCAAGCCUCAAUGUCAAUGUGGAGCUUUUACCUCCCCAGGAUGAAUUCUAAUGCUUCGGAGUCAACCACCUACUCAUGUACUGAAUAAUAUUGCUUGGGGGAAUGGGUUUUCAGGCUGUUGCAUUUGUUUUUUGGUUGUGUGGUAGGGAAAACAAAAAGUGUUUCAGGAAAAAAAAGGUCUGGCAUGAUGGUAUGGAAAAACAUUUAGGUGUUAACCUCUAUAGGGAAAAAAAGAAAUUUUGUUUCUUAAAGUAACUAAUUUGAUGUUCGGUUCAUUUUACUGUUGUGGAAUGUUUUUGUGAGCAAAUGGAAGAUGGGUAAUUCCCCCUUGUAGGGCUCUGUGUACUUCCAGGCAAGUUCUCAGCAGUGUAGCUGAGGCAAAUCAUCUCUGGAGCACUGUACUCACACAGUUACAGGUGUGUGCACACACACAUCAGUGAGCCAGAGCGCAGAGCUGAUCUUUUAGAUACCACACUGAAAAAUAACUUCACGACUACGGUUUGUUAAAAGCUAAACUUCAAAGCUUAUUGAAAUGAGUAAGAGAUCUGUUCUUCUCAUGUGAAAUGAAUCAGAGCCAAGCCUUUGUGACUUCUUAGUACAACCAACUAAGAAACAAAAUGAAAGACCAAGUGAGAACACAACAAAAUGCCUUUCAAACAGAGAACAGCUGCCUGUGGGGCAACUCCAAGGGGGCCAGUGGUACCAACCCACACACCCUGUAGGCACAGCCCAUGUGACAGUGUUGGUCCAGCUCCUGAGGACAUUCCCAUGUUUAACUUCAGCUGCAGGACACUCUAAGGAUCAGUGCUGAGGGAUCCAGACCCCAAUUCUGCAGUUACAGUGAGUCAUAUUGACUUGUCUAUCUCACCCAACCCUUGUACAGUACAGACUUUUUAUCUCAACAUUUGCAACCACACAGAAAAUGGUUUUAAAUUGUAAUUUUCCAGAGCAAACCAACUGUGAACAGAAUGUGCUAAUUACAGAAACACCAGAAAGAAUACUUUUACUUCUCAUGGAUUUAUUAUAAAGAAGAGAUCAAGCAGUGCUGCUUAUUUGUACUGGUGUAUCGUAAUGUUUCAUUACCUGUCCAAUAAAUAAAUAAAUAUAACUUUUCAAAAGACACAAUAUGGAACUUGACUAAACUCUUCUUAUAAGCUUAGGUUUAUAAAAAUUUGGCUCGUAUCUAAAUUUUACAAAAAGAAAUAAUGGAUUUGGUAAAUUGGUGAAAUUACUCAGCUGAAAUUACUCAGACAUGUAAUGUCUUCAAAGAUACUGUGAAAAAGCUUUAAAUUAACCAUGAACAGAAAUCUGCUCCCUGUCUGGUCUUAGUUAUAGAAAGGUCAUUGUUUUUCAUGAUAUUCAGAAAAAUUUCUUAUCUUCCUAAGAUUUUUUUUCAGGCAUUGUAAACAAAGAAAUUGCUUUUAAAUCAAAAUGGAAA